AUGCAAUCACCCAAGAUUUCCAGAGUUACAAAACCACAUCAGUCCAACAAGCAGUCAAGCUUGCAACAAAGUCAAUGCUGCUUAAAGAAGACUCUGGUCAAAAAGCUAUGGGAAUAUAAUAUUAAGUGUGGCAGUGAUGUCUAUCUUGUCAUUGUGGAUCACAUGGGUGAUGAUGUGGUUCAAUUUUUCACCACAAAGUUCAUGGUGGACCAACAGUUGACUGAAGGCUUCCCACUAUCAGAAAAAAGUCUUACAUUAUCCUCCCGCAAAGCAAAUAACAUCAGAAAACUACCCAAAGCCAGGAAAGUGCUCAAGACCUACAGAAUAUGGCUGUCACAGCCAACCCUGCCAACCAAUCCAUGCAGGGUCCCCGAGACCCUUUGUUCAGAACUCCCAGUCAGUGCAACCUCAAGGGCCGCCAAAUGA